UCCAGGCAGCUGACCAGCUCUGCCGACUUCUCUAUCUUGUCUCUUCUGAGCCAAAGGAGUGUGUGUGUGUGUAUGUAAACAAGUGUGUGUGGAAAUAAAAACACACCCUGUUAUUCGCACCAUUGCUGCUACUGAGCCUUUCUGACACUGGGCUCUUUUUGGGGAUUGAAAACAUCUUCCAUCUUAUUGGAUUUAUCCUACGGACUGACUUUAUGAUUUGAGGAUAUUCUUUUUGAAUUAUUGCUUGGGCAGGAAGUUCAGCAUGUGAGAAGGAGUGGGUGUCUGCACAUCGGGCACAGGUUCGUGAAACGAGAGCCAGGGAGGCGGAGUGCUACAGCAGCACAGGAGAUUCUGCUUUCGAGCCACGAGGCUGGAUACUUUAUUCAUGCUCCUGCCGGGAGUGAGACUACAGGAUCCGGGGCUGACUUUGGAGCCUGACUUCAGAACCGAACCGCCCUGGAUCUCGCCCUGCUUCGGGAGAGACGGGAGCAGUUCAUUUCUCAAAGAGGACUCUCUGAUACGCACAAAAGGGUUUGAUUAGGAAUCGCAACUUUUUUUAUUUCCUUUAUUUUUGUUUUAGCCCUUUUUUUGUGAUUAAAUUCACUGAAAUCGCAUGCCUGCACAGGAGAAGGCUGCCUGAGGUCUGUAUGGAAGCGGAGCUGCUUGCUUUAUAGGUUUAUCUACCAUGGCAAAGCCUUUGAUUGCAUGAACUGUGGACGCUGCAAUACAAGACAGGUCAGCGGUACAAACAAGGAUCAGUUCAACAGAUACCAGCCUGGUCAGGCUAUAACCAAAGAGACCCCUUUGACAAGACGGACAAACAUCUCCUGAAAGAACAGAAAAGAAAGCUUAAAGCCUCAUUGGAUUUUGGGUGGCAGCAGAGGAUUAACUGGCAUUUCUAAAUCAGGGCAACGACCGCAAGGAGGACAUUAGCGAUGGCAAGCAAUUACAAGUCCUUCUUCGUCUUCUUCAUCAGAGCUGGGCUUCUGCUUGGCCUGGCCAAUCCGUUGGUGACCUCAGCCUCCUGUCCCUCGCAGUGCCGGUGCGAUGGGACUUUCAUAUACUGCAAUGACCGGGAUUUGACUUCCAUCCCUUCGGGCAUCCCAGAGGAUGCUACAGUACUUUUUCUCCAGAACAACCGCAUCAAAAGCGCAGGGAUCCCUACGGAUCUACGACGGCUGAACAGUGUAGAAAAGAUCUACCUAUACUGCAACAAUCUGGAUGAGUUCCCCACCAACUUGCCGCUGAAUGUCAAGGAACUUCAUUUGCAGGAGAACAAUAUCCGGACUAUCACCCACGCGUCCCUGGCACAGAUUCCUAUCAUUGAGGAAUUACACCUCGAUGACAAUUCCGUGUCAGCUGUCAGCAUCGAAGAGGGUGCGUUCCGGGACAGCAACCAUUUGAGGCUGCUUUUCCUGUCCCGCAACCACCUCAGCACCAUACCUUCCGGCCUGCCAAUGACUAUCGAGGAGCUUCGCUUCGACGACAACCGCAUCUCGUCCAUCUCUGAGGCAUCCCUGCAGGAUCUUAUAAACCUGAAGCGACUGGUUCUGGAUGGCAACCUCCUGAACAACAGGGGCAUUGGGGAGAUGGCCUUGGUGAAUUUAGUCAACCUGACCGAGCUCUCGUUGGUACGGAACUCCCUGACUUCCCCACCCGCCAACCUGCCGGGCUCAAGCCUGGAGAAGCUAAAUCUUCAAGACAACCACAUCAAUCACGUGCCAGCAGGUGCCUUUGCUUUUCUGCGACAGCUGUACCGUUUGGAUCUGUCAGGCAACAACUUGAGCAGUCUGCCCAUGGGGGUAUUUGACGACCUGGAUAACCUUACCCAGCUGCUCCUGCGCAACAACCCCUGGAACUGCAACUGCAGGAUGAAGUGGGUGCGUGACUGGCUGCGCAGUAUUCCAUCUAAGGUCAACGUGCGUGGCUUCAUGUGCCAAGGUCCCGAUAAGGUCAAAGGGAUGGCCAUCAAAGACCUAUCCACAGAGCUGUUUGGCUGCUCAGACACGGAGAUCCCAACCACAUAUGAGACCAGCACAGUCUCAAACACUUUGCCACCCUCUCGACCCCAGUGGCCCUCAUAUGUCACUAAAAGACCUGUGGUUAAGGGUCCAGAGCUGGGAAGAAACUAUCGUAGCACGACGCCGUCCAGUCGCAAGAUCAUCACGAUAAGCGUCAAAUCCAGCAGCGCAGAGACGGUGCACAUAUCCUGGAGAGUAUCCCAGCCCAUGACGGCCCUGAGGCUCAGUUGGCUAAAGCUGGGCCACAGUCCUGCUUUCGGAUCUAUAACUGAGACCAUCGUCCAAGGGGAGAGAACAGAGUACCUGCUCACAGCUCUGGAGCCCGAAUCCCAUUAUCGGAUAUGCAUGGUUCCUAUGGAGACGAGUAACAUUUACCUGUCAGACGAGACACCUGUUUGCAUAGAGACAGAAACUGGUUCCCUGAAAGCGUACAAUCCCACCACAACCUUGAACAGAGAGCAGGAGAAAGAGCCUUACAAAAAUUCCAAUCUGCCUUUAGCUGCUAUCAUCGGAGGGGCGGUGGCCCUUCUGGCUAUCAUCAUGUUGGCCCUGGUAUGCUGGUACGUCCACAGGAACGGUUCCUUAUUUUCCAGGAACUGCACAUACAACAAAGGGCGCAGGCAGAAGGACGAUUACGCCGAAGCUGGAACAAAGAAGGACAACUCCAUCUUGGAGAUUAGAGAGACCUCUUUUCAAAUGAUUCCCAUAAAUCACAUGCCCGUUUCAAAGGAGGAGUUUGUGAUACACACAAUUUUUCCUCCUAAUGGCUUAAGUCUUUACAAGAGCCCGCACAGUGAAAACAGUAUCAACAACAGAAGCUACAGAGACAGUGGAAUACCAGAUUCAGACUACUCUCAUUCAUGAUAGUGUGCGCGGAUUACAAAGACAUUUUAUUGCAAAUGAGUGACUUGGAGACUGCUUGGUCUUUUGAAAAACACUGGAUUGAAAAGACUGAGAAAGCAUCGUUAUGUACAUUUGCCAUAUAAUUUAUAUUUAAGGACGAUUUAUUAAAAGGAAAAAAGGUUCCGAUUGCAGGCCAUCACUGAGCUGUCGGUGUAUGCUGCCACAAACUGCAAUUCUAUAUUUUAGAUAUUUGUAGUCAUUUGUACUGUACUUCCUUUACUUAUGGUUUUAGACCAAUUAAAAAAAACUUUGUGCUCUACUGAGAUAUGAUGACUUGUCAACUGUGAAAGUGGGUUUUCAUUGCUGUGUUGAACAAUCAGAUUUUAGAAAACCAUGUAGUAUAAGCACAGGUCAAAAUUAUCGCUACGUUGCUGUCAAUGGAAAAAAUAAAUACAACAAAAAACAAGGCUGUGAGAAUAUAGGGCAUAGGUUUCAUCAAAGGAAAUAAAGACACAAGUGUUUUGUUAAUUCUAAGGAUGGCAGGCACAGACUUACUCCGGUGUCACAGAAACCUCUGGGUUUCUUUAGGAAUCCCGGUUUGCCUGUUCCAGAACGCUGCCAGGUUUUACAUCACUGCAACGUUUAAGAAGCAGAUAUCUAUUACUUCCUCUCUGCCCUGGAGGAGGCAGCAACAGAGCACAGAAUCCUAAAUCCUUUGCAAAUGAAGCACACAGAUCAAAUGAAAGGUUACAUUGCAGUCAAAUCAAAGUGGAUGGGCAAAAACACAACAUAGAACUCAAUAUCGCUCGUUCAGCAAAGGGAAACAGCAUUUACCGUAUCCCUCAGUACAGUUAACCACGUCAUGUAAACGUUGCCCUCCAAAAAGGAAUAUUAUGGGCAGAAAAAAUAUGGCAAGAAACACAUUUGGGUUCUUUUCUAUUUGGAAUAUAAAAAGUGUCAACUAUUUUUUGUUCAUAUAAUUCUUAUUUGUAUGUUUUUGUUUUCUAAUUCAAGCCACUUUUAAGUUGCCACAGUUAAAUUGUUCUUUACAACUGAAGACCAAAGUGCAUUGAAUGCCCUUUGGCCAGUCUUGUAUGUGCCUUGAUCCAAUGCUUAUUGUAUUUAGCUUUUUCAAAAAAAUAAAUCAGUGACUUAACUUUUUUCAUACACACUUGAAUAUGAUAGGAUAUUGGUCAUAUUGCAAAAUAAAAGUGGAUAAAA